UCAUGUCUGCAACAGAAAAUGUCGGACCGUUCUCACCACAACCACCAUCACCACAACACCUUAUAUUCUCAAACCCUCAAACCCAUUCUUUUUGUAUUUCUUGGAGCAUAUCUGCUUGUAACCGAAAAUGCAGAUUUAUUCUUCUUCUUAUUCUUCAUCUUCCACUAAAUUAACCAAUCUUCGCAUGAUAAGAUCGAGUAGCAAUCAUAACCCAGAGAGACAUAACUAUAACUUGAAGCAGAUCUUUGUUCCAAGCUCAUGUCCAAACCUUUCUGUUUCAAAUACUCAACAGCUUCCUUUGAACCAAAGUGUUGCUGCCAUUGUGUUCGGAGGAGGUCCAGACUCUGAGCUUUAUCCACUCACUAAAACGAGAUCCAAAGGUGCUAUUCCCAUUGCAGCAAACUACAGACUUAUCGAUUCAGUCAUCAGCAACUGCAUCAACAGUGAUAUCACAAAGAUCUAUGCAAUCACUCAGUUUAAUUCCACUUCCCUCAAUUCACAUCUCACUAAAGCUUACAGUGGAUUCGGGCUCGGGAAAGACCGGUUCGUUGAAGUCAUUGCUGCUUAUCAGAGCCUUGAAGAUCAAGGAUGGUUUCAGGGAACUGCUGACGCGAUUAGAAGGUGCUUGUGGGUAUUCGAAGAGUUCCCAGUGACUGAGUUCUUGGUUCUUCCAGGACAUCAUCUCUAUAGAAUGGACUACAAUACGCUAAUAGAAGAUCAUAGAAGAAGCAGAGCUGAUAUAACCAUUGUUGGGUUAAGCUCAGUUACAGACCAUGACACUGGUUUCGGUUUGAUGGAAGUUGAUUCCACUAAUCUCGUCACUAAGUUCACCAUAAAUCCCAAGAAAUCUCAACAAGAUUCGAUCUCCGUUGAGAGCAGAACAAGAAGUGAUGGAACUUCUUCUUGCUAUGUUCCAAGCACAGGGAUUUACGUGAUCGGUCGAGAACAGAUGGUGAAGCUUCUGAGACAAUGUUUGGUUAAAGCCAAAGACAUGGCCAGCGAAAUCAUUCCCGGUGCGAUCUCUCAAGGAAUGAAGGUGAAAGCUCAUAUGUUUGAUGGUUAUUGGGAAGAUGUGAAGAGCGUUGGAGCUUACUAUAGAGCUAACAUGGAGAGCAUUAAGAGUUGCAGAUUCUACGACAGACAAUGUCCUCUUUACACAAUGCCACGGUGUUUGCCUCCAAGCUCCAUGGGUGAAGCUGUAAUAACCGACAGUAUUAUCGGAGACGGGUGCAUUCUCGAUAGAUGUGUCAUCAGAGGAUCGGUGGUGGGAAUGAGAACAAGAAUCGCAGAUGAUGUGAUUGUAGAAGAUUCAAUCAUCAUUGGUUCUAACAUCUAUGAGAUGGAAGAAGAUAUGAGAAGAAAAGGGAAGGAGAAGAGGACAGAGAUUCGAAUAGGGAUUGGUGAAAAGAGUCGAAUAAGAAGAGCCAUUGUAGAUAAGAAUGCAAGGAUUGGUCAAAACGUUAUGAUUAUCAACAAAGACAACGUUGAGGAAGGUAACAGAGAGGCUGAAGGAUAUGUUAUAAGAGAAGGAAUCAUUGUCAUACUUCGAAAUGCAGUGAUCCCAAACGACUCCAUCAUCUAAAUUUUUUCUUUUACAUAUUCUAUAAAAAUUCAUCAUUUUCAAUGUAAAGAAAAACAUUUUCAAUGAAAAAUAAAUUC